AUGGAUCAUAUAGGAAUUCAUCUGCACCAGAACCAGGCAGAGCCCAUAAGUUUUGGUAUCGAUCAAAUUUUGAACAAUGCGGAUCAGGGGAGCUGUAUGAUUUCCAAUCCCAGGCUGCAAGACUCCGACUAUGGUUUAGGAUGCAUCGUCAGCAGCGCGUACAAUACGAUGACUGGCAACUAUAACACCAAUAAUUCUGUGGGAUACAGCAGCAACGCAUGCAGCGUCGCAUCUUUGAAUGGGUCUUACAAUGUGAAUAUGGGCAUGAACAUGAACGGGAAUAAUCUUAAUUCGGCUGGAGUCAUCCGUGUGCCAGCGCAUCGACCGCUGAGUACCGUCCACUCAUCAAUACCCUGCAGCAUGUCUACGAUGCCAGGUAUGGGAAACGUCAAUUCUAUCAACAAUCUCACGGGAUUAACUUUUCCCUGGAUGGAGAGUAACAGAAGAUACACCAAAGAUAGAUUUACAGGUCACCCGUACCAGAACCGGACACCACCAAAGAAGAAAAAGCCAAGGACAUCCUUCACCAGACUCCAGAUCUGCGAACUGGAGAAGCGCUUUCACCGACAGAAAUACCUGGCGUCUGCAGAGAGAGCGGCCUUGGCCAAGGCACUUAAAAUGACUGAUGCGCAAGUCAAAACAUGGUUCCAGAACAGGAGGACAAAAUGGAGACGUCAGACUGCAGAGGAGAGGGAGGCCGAACGGCAGCAAGCGAACCGAAUCCUCAUGCAACUCCAGCAAGAAGCCUUUCAAAAAACAUUAAACCAGCCAGUCAACCCAGACCCAAUCUGCCUGCACAACAGCUCCCUUUUCGCCCUUCAGAAUCUUCAGCCAUGGACUGAGAGCACAAGUAAAAUCAGCAGCGUGUCUACGUGUGAAUAG